AUGUUACUGUUGUCAAGUAAAGUACCUAGAAUGUUACUGUUGUCAAGUAAACUACCUAGAAUGUUACUGUUGUCAAGUAAAGUACCUAGAAUGUUACUGUUGUCAAGUAAACUACCUAGAAUGUUACUGUUGUCAAGUAAAGUACCUAGAAUGGUACUGUUGUCAAGUAAAGUACCUAGAAUGUUACUGUUGUCAAGUAAAGUACCUAGAAUGUUACUGUUGUCAAGUAAACCACCUAGAAUGGUACUGUUGUCAUGUCAACUACCUAGAAUGGUAUUGUUGUUACUGUUGUCGAGUAAAGUACCUAGAAUAGGUAUUGUUAUCUAG